AUGUCGAAGCGAGGACGCGGAGGAUCGGCGGGUAACAAGUUCAGGAUGUCUCUGGGUCUUCCAGUGAUUGCGACGGUGAAUUGCACCGACAACACCGGGGUAAAGAACCUUUACAUCAUUUCAGUGAAGGGAAUGAAGGGUAGGCUCAACCGUCUCCCUUCUGAUUGCGUCGGUGACAUGGUUAUGGCCACCGUCAAGAAGGUCAUUGUCCGCCAGCGCAAGCAAUGGCUCCGAAAGGACGGUGUCUACAUGUACUUUGAAGAUAAUACUGGAGUGAUUGUUAAUCCCAAGGGAAAAAUGAAAGGUUCUGCAAUCAGUGGUCCCAUUGGAAAGGAAUGUGAUGAUCUUUGGCCUAGGGUUGCAAGUGCUGUCAAUGCGAUUGUUUAA